GGUAGCAGGUGGAGGCUUGAAGUGCGUCUUCGGAAAGGGCUGGAGAGGCGGAGGCCUCCUUGGCACGGGAGGAGUCCAAGGAGGCAGCUGCUUGAGUUUACCUGAAGUGACCAGCAUCCAGCAGCGCCGCAAGGGCGGCCCAGAAAAUGGGGAGCCGCAGCCUGGGCUUGCCAUGCCCCGCACUUUUCCUGCUGCUGGUGCUGCGGCCUCCACUGCUGAGAGCCGGAAGCUUCCUGCAGACCGUCCAGAGCUCAGAAAUGUAUGACUUUGAUCUGGACACUGACCUGGACCCAGAAAUAUAUGACACCGGUCUGCAGACCGUCCAGAAUCCAGGCAAUCAGAACACGAAUAACCAACACCACCACCUCCGCCCACCUGAGAAAGUCCCCCAGCCCAACAGCAACACGAGCCACAAUUCCCAGGAGACCCUGGCAGAAGAGUCGAAAAACUGCAGAGGCGAAUUUGAUCUUUACUUCCUCUUGGACAAGUCGGGCAGUGUGAACAACAACUGGAUGGACAUUCACAACAUGGUGGAAGAUUUGGUCAAUAAGUUUGAUAACCCAAAUCUGCGGGUGUCCUUCAUCACCUUCUCCACAGAUGGCCACACCCUCAUGAAACUCACAUCAGACAGGAGGCAGCAGGAAAAGCGAGUCUCUUUGGAGACCCCUUCCCGGGCCCACACUCCCACCCUGUCGUCCCAGGUUCUAGCUCAGCAGAUCUUCUGGCUUGUCAUCAGCCGGGAGCUCCUCGCCUUCUCAAAGGGGAAAGGGGCAUAG